UCUAGCCGGAGAGUGACGUCAGCAUCAGCUGUGCCCUGAUUCAGGGGCAAAAAAAUCACUCCUCAGUCACACGACUGCAGCUCCCAUAUACACACAGCCGUUAUUGAAUAGUAUAUGUUUAUAAUUUGUGUAAUAUAGUGAUAUAAUAUCCAGUAACGCACAUAUAGCGACUGAAGCCCAGGAAAGUCUAAGAGCAUCAGUGUGUUUAUUUUCCGUCGAGUCACCCGUUCACUUUCAGCACAUAAGCUCGGACCCCGUGCUCACACCCAUGGUGGGGGAAGUAGUCAAUGGAGGACACCACCCUCAAGCAGCCUACAAUGGUUUCCAGAUUACCAAAAUUUGGCUCUCGUACUACACCUGCUGCUGGACCAUUAACCAAUGGCUCAACCCAUAAUGUUUCCUUUGGAUGGGCUAAAGGUGUACCCGUAGGAAAGCAGAACGGCGUCUCUGCCCCCUUUCCUUUGAAGGGGAGGAAGGGGAGGGAGGAGUGUGGAGAGAAAGUUUCAGAUUCAAGAGAAGAGGCUCGAGUUGUUGCCCGUUCUCAGCAGCAGCCACGCUCUGCAGUUAGGCAAAUUAGGAAGCCCACAGCUGCCCCAGUGGUUAAAACCCAACGUUCUAUUCCUACUGUACCAAGUACCAACCAUAGGACGAUUACUCAACCCAUAAAAACAAAUCCACAUAAUAUCGUCCCCAAACAGCCCUCACCCGUCCAGCCACUAUGCAACAAAAUUGUUCCGACUGUAGUCGCAGCUAGCCAGGGCUCUUCCCCCUCUCCCCAUGGAAGUCUACAGAGCAGCCUAUCUCACUCUAGUGACAGCCUGAAAUCCCUCUCUGUGGAGAAUGUUGUGCGAUCUCAAAGCUUCUCUUAUUCAAAGACGCAUGAAACCACCACUAACCCUCCUCUGACACGUUCCAUAUCAUUUAACCGGGCAACAGAGUUAGAAAAAGAGCUGCCCAGGCCACUGGCACAGUCUCCGGUAGCCAGGUCUCCUGUCACCCAGGCCUCCAUGGUGUUCGAUCAUGUAUCAAAGCCUACAACAAGUACAUGUACCAUCUCCUCCAUACCACCAUCAACGUUGAAGAAAUCUCUUCUGCCUAAUUGCACUGAUGGCAAACCAUCAUUACUUAGCUAUAAGCUAAUGCGAUCAUCACUCAUCAAGCAACCCCGCACAGUUGUACCGGUUAAAGUCCAAGGGAAGAUGCAAUUUACAGAGAGGGAUAGAGAUUCUCAAGAAAAAUCUACACCCAUUUCUGAACCAUCCAGCAGCACACACAGUGCUGGAACUUCUCCUGAGGAACCCUUUUCCACCAAGGAGGCAAGUGACAGCCAAGGUCAGUCUCUGGAGAUCUUGGAGGACAUGUCUUUAUCGUCCACAUCCUCUCUGGAACGUAAUGAUGUGAGCGAAGAAUACAUGGAUGACUUUGAUGACUUGGGACACGGAGCCGGAAUCCUACUCAUGCCUGUUAAUGAAGGAAAAAAUGAUCGGUUAGGGCUUUUCAAGGAGAGUAACCUUCAUUGUGAGGAGGGGUCUUCAGCAGCGAGCCUGCACAGCUUUGAGUCCGAGACAGUAGACUGGGCUGAUCUAGGCCUCACAGGUAACAGGGAGGUGGAUGAUGCCUCACAUCGCCUUGGUGCUCGAGCACUGUCUGCAGACAGAGAUUUACUGCAUGGCUCCUCCCUGGAGCUUUCCCCUUCAGACAGCUCCGGAGGAACUUACAUGUGGGAUGAGGAGGUUCUGGAGCCGAUUGGACGGACUACACAACUCUGUCGAAGCUAUGAGUCCAACCUUAACAGCAUGGACAUUCUCAAUAAAUUGGACAACUUGGACUCUUGUGAUUUGGAGGAGGAUGACCUCAUGCUGGAUGUGGACCUGCCUGAAGAUGUCUCUCUCCACAGUGAUGUUGAGGUAGCGUCCCAUUAUGAUCUCUCAGAGAGUGAUUACUGGCCAUGGAGAAAACGACAGCAGUGCAGAACGGAGCAGCUACACUACGAGGGAAGAGACGGAGUUCUUGAGGCGUUUGAUAACGGUCACACACUGGACUUGAGCAGGAGAGGAUCAGGAGAUUCGUCUCUGGAUGAGUUGAUGCUGGAGCACAUGGCCCAGGACUGCUUGUCUGUUAAAGAACAGCUGUUUCAUCUGAGGACACUGCUGCAGUUUGAAGAGGAUGGAUCAGUUGGUGAAGCCGAGCAUUUAGUGUCCAGUCCGUCCUCUGAAGAGCCGAGUUAUCAAGUGGACGAUCUGUUAAAAGAGGUGCAGAAGCUAAGAGAAGAGCUCCGAGGGAAAGACGCCCUGAUUUCUAAACUCACUCAGCAGCUGUCAGCUCCUGUAGACGUAACACAGUGCGUCUGCCAGCAGGGGGAGCUGCAGAGAUCCGAGCAUCAGGACAAGAGCACUCAGACCCCAUGGAGAGCACAGACUCCUCAGAUACUACAGCCUUCCCAUCCCUCAGCCAGCGAGCACAAAAAGUUGGAAAGAGCAACACGCCCAUCCCGCUCAGAGGUCCGCAGUGACCACGUGGACGACCAGCCUGGUGACGGUCCGUUAAAGCCCCAGGCCUGCACUGUAGUUUUCCCCGUUUCUGUCACCAGUAAUGCCACGCUUCCCUCGUCGGUGCCCACGACUGCGCCUGCUGUUAGUGCUGCUGCUGCUGCCUCUUUGUCCUCCAGCACUCUGAACUCAGAUAAUCUAAUCCUCCUCCUAAACACCCGUCUCAGAAUCGAUGAGUCACGCAGCCCCAGGGCUCACGUCGGUAACUACACCCAGCAGAGCAGGACGAAUCAACAACCCAGUGACCAUCACACAUUCAGCAGAGACAGGAAAGCUCCUGUUCUCAUGAAAUCCAGAGGAGGUGAGCAAGUUGGCUUUGGACGAGGAGUACGAGGUGCAUUUGGUGCUCAUCUGGGUUUCAGUGGUCCAUCCAGGACCAGACAUCUUCCCCCUCCAUCCCGUGGCCUACCCUGCAUCAGCUCAGCAUCACAGUCCAGUCUAAAUCCAUCUACACUCAGCUCAGGCAUCAGAACGAUCUCAGCUCUUAGAGACGAAGAGAUCAGCUCAGUCCGGGCUCAAGAUCUUUCCAAUGCCUGUAACUCUCGCCUCCCUAAGCCAAAGAGCCAUUAACCCUUUCCCUCCGCUCCUCUAUGCCUCUCCUGCUAUUUCUUCCUCUCCUCCUCUACAGCUCAAUCAGUACCCGAAGUGUUGGAUCUGCUUAGGCUCUAAACUCACAGUUCAGGGCAGAUCUCUGUGUUAUUAUUGCAUUAGCAGUUCAGCAAAAACUCAUGAAUUAAAGUGAAUAUAAAUAUAUAUACAUAUUAAUACUAACAAUAAAAAUCACAAAAAAAAACCGAGAUCAAUUUCAAAUUCAACCAUUUCAAAUCCCGGUGAUGUGGCCAGGAGGCUGGAGAGUGUAAACGGCUGUGUGUGAGAGUGGGAGGGACUUUACUCCAUCACCUGCCAAUCAAAAUAACACUAUUGUGUUGUACCGAGCUCAUGUAGGGCAGAUAGCACUUUCUUUAAAAAGAAAUUUCCCACUGUCUGUAGCCGGUGGAAUCUGAAAGCUUUGGGUAAAAGUCCUCUUUAUUCAGUGCAUUAUAUUUUGAAAGGCUAUCGACAAUCCCUUUAUUGCCUUUAAAUCUUCACAAAGCUAAUAAAUUUAAUUGGAAUGAACAUUUGACCUGAGCUAUCUAUUCUGACUAGUGCAGAACAGAGACGAGAUAAUAACGACAAUCUAGAAGAGAUGAAUAUUUUACAUAUUAUUAAACAGUGAAAACUCUAAAACAUCACCAUAAACCUGCUAAUCGAUGGAAGAGUUGGUAGUUUGAUGGUCUUUAUUUUUUUUAAUGUAGGCGAGGACCUGUUGGACUCGUGUGUACAUGUUGUGUAGAAGAUGUUUGUUGUGUAAGAGCUGUGUGAACCCGCCACACGUUGCCCUUUAAAAAGAACAACAUACGUUUUUACUGUUCUGGUCACAUCCGUUUGUUUGUCAGUGUUGAGUAGGAGAGAGAGAGAGAGAGAGAGAGAGAGAGAGAGAGAGACGGUGUGAUUUGCUACUGUAAUUAGUAACUGAUCAAUAAAUCUGCGCACUUCUUUUCUUGUCCUACAGGGACGUUAACUCUUUUUCGGUUACAAGUGAGUGUGUUCACUCUGACGCUUCAUUAUGUACUCAGUGAUUUACCCCAACAUGUCCACAUACUUCACAAGAAGUUUAUCCAGAAUGGAAAUAGAGAAAAAAAUGAUUUCAGAUGAGCUUCAAAGUACAGCCGAGUAGAUGCACUAACACAAUGGGUCCUGCUAUUUUCUGCGCUUUGUAAAGAUCCUCCCUCUGUGUGUGUGUUUGCGUUUGCACGAGUGUGUGCGUAAGUGUGAGUUUGAGUGUGUGUGAGUUCCUGUGUGUGUGAGUUUGAGUGUGUGUGAGUUUGAGUGUGUGUGAGUUUGAGUGUGUGAGAUUGAUUGUGAGUUUGAGUGUGUUGAGUGUGAGUUUGAGUUCGAGUGUGUGUGUGUGAGUUUGAGUGUGUGUGAGUGUGUGUUUGAGUAUGCGAGUAUGAGUUUGAAUGUGUGUGUCUGCACGAGUACAUGUGUGUUUGCGCGAGCAUGCAUGCCUGCAUGCGUACGUGUAUGUCAGCGCUUGUGUGUGUGAUGGUGUUAUCGUCAGUCAGUAAGCCCCUGAGAGUCAGACCACACCUAUCAGUACAGAUACAUUACAUCAUGAACGAGAGUAAAUUCUGAGCGGAUUAUUAAUAAGAGCUGCAGGAGUGAUGUGAAGUGACACUUACUCAAAGACCUGCUCACAAAACAUCAAUACAUUUCUCUUCAUCAUUACAAGCUUUAUAUAAUACACUGAACAUAUAAUCUGCUCCUGUAGCUCAGUCAUGUUAGUCUAAUGAUUCAUUUACUAGAAAAUGUCUUACACACUACACACACACACUACACACUACACACACACUCAACACAAACACACUUAACACAACUACCAAGCUUUCUAUGCAAGAUUUUAUUUAGUUGAGCUUCAUGGAAUACUUCACAUGCUAUGAGUGUGUAAUUUGCACACACACACACACACACACACACACACACACACACACACACACACACACACACACACACACACACACACACACACACACACACACACACACACAGCUUAUUCAUUAAUGUAACUACAAGCAGAUAAAAAGUGUUCUUCUUUAAUAAAUAAGUUGUAAUCAUUUCAAAGUCCCUUCUUUUCUGAAGGAGACGAGAGUCUGAAUCCGGCGUCUGACCUCCACAUCUGAGGAUCAAACGUAGUUCAGAUGAACACGUGCUGUGGUGUGUGUUAGCUCAUUGAGGAGCGCUCGUGAUGUUUCUAAUUACUGAAACUCAGGAGUACAGAGAUGUCACUCAGCGUGCAUCAGCGAGCGCAGAUUAAAUCUCUCACUGUAAAUCCUCAAAUCCUUCUGUAUUAGAACCCCACCAGAACCACACACACACCACACACACCACACACACACACACCACACACACCACAUACACACACACACACACACACACACACACACACACACACACACACAAACUCGGAAUCUUUCAGAGAGCGAGGACAUGAAGUUCUGCUCUGUCUUAAUGAGGUGAAGCUGAUGUCAGUGGAAGAGAAUAAGCUAACAAUGAGAACACAAGUGAAAACACACACACACACACACACACACACACACACACACACACACACACACACACACACAAAGCUUUCUUGAAUUGAAUUGACUGAAAAUCUAAAUGUUGUUGCUUUUCUUUAGAAUUCUCCUCGUUUUAAAAUGUAUUUAAAAAAAACAAAAACGCUAUUAGUAUUUGUUAGACUUCAGUACUUCAGUACUCAGAUUUUAUCCUGGUUUGCCGUUUGUUGUGAAACCAUUUUUUUCACUUUCCUCACACCGUGCUGCUGUUGAAUUCUCUAUCCUGAUUGGUCAGAAGAUGUUGAUUUCAUUUUGUCCGAAUUUCUAUCAACGCACUUGUUCUAAUAUGUUAUCGUUUCUAUAGUAACAGCUCAUCUACUGGGACGUGUGCAGUGCACUCUAUGCAGAGUAUAAACAGAAAAAAAGUGUAGAAUUGUUGAUGUUUUCUGAGGAGAUUUCUUCGUGUACCAUGUGAGGACGGAGUCUCGAGGUAAAGCUGGAAAGUUCUUCCACAUUUUCAGGACAGAGGAGUUUACGCUUCUUUGCGGUUUCUCAGUAACAUAACACGCUGGGAUUUUUUUUGUCUUAUUAAUUUGAAGAAUAAAUGUUCCUCAACUGACUGCUGAGGGAACAAGUGUUUCUAGCUGCUAUAACAGAUGUGACAUUCAACAUUAAUUGUACCUACAAAUGGAUUUAAAAAAACAAAAACAAAAAAAACAAUAUUUUGUGUUAUUUAAUACAUUUUAAAAUGACCUCAGUAUAAGAGGAAUAAAGCACUGACUGAUGUACUGCUAUAGAAAUUGUUUUUCAUGGUAUUGGUGUGAAACUGUUUACUACUCGGUGAAACCCUUUCGCCGGUGAGGUCUAGUUUCAGCUACUGCUUCAGACAUUUCCGGUAACAAACGUCAGCUUUUUUGUUGCUCAGAAACCUGACACUCCUUCCAUACUGAAGCCCUGUUGGAUCACGUGUCACGGUUGCCACCGAUGAGGUUUUAUUAUUCUGUAAUUUAUUAUUUAUGAUUUAAUUUCUUCAACUUUUCUAUCAUUUCUUCUUUCUGCACCCACAAUGGAGCUAUGUUUCAAACAUAUCCAUACACAUGUAGGUGGGGCCUGAGGUUUGUGAACAGUCCCAACACACACACACACACACGCACACACACACGUACAUGUAUCAACUCCUCAUGUCUGAUGUAAAUGCUUAUGGUACAUGUUUCAUAUUUGCUUUGGCUGCAGCAGUUAAGACCUCGAUGUAGAACUGCAUAGUAAUCAUCUCACCGUCAUAAAAAUGCCUACAUCACUCACUAUAUAACGUGACUUAAUGGCAUACAUGACUGUAUUGUCUGAUAUCAUCUAAUAAUAACAACAAAUAUCAGCCAAUCACACAAAUAAACAAAAUAAUAACCACAAAACGAUCUGUCAGUGUUAGUGUCGUCUGUUCUCUAACAGCAUGCAAUCAAACCAUCAUUCUUCAGUUUAGCACGUGGCAGGAUGUUGUACGAUGUUGGAUCUAGUUUUAUUAAAGACUCACAAUUAUAAAAACGUACAGAUUAUUGUUAUAAACUGAUUUGUGAGAGAAAUAAGUUGUCGACGCUGCAUGGUUUUCAUUUCUCGCUCGAAAACUGACAACCCCUCCCCCCCCCACUUCCUUCAACUCGUGUGGCUCUUCUUAAAAGCUCAGUGGUUAAUAUUUUAUCAUCAACAACAUGUCCCUUUUAAAAGGUAUUGAUUUGCUUUUUAUAUAUAUGAUUUGAUUAAACUUCUAUCUGUUUACACUGGAACUUAAAUUUGUGCAAUAAGAGAACAGAUCAUGCAAAUGCUAAAAAUUUGCACUGUAAUGUACGAUGUGUAAUUGUGCUUAAUUUAUUCAAUGUUAAUUAUGACUCAUUGUCAUGGUGAACUGAUUGAGAAAAGAUCUGGAAAGAGAGCGGUACUUUAUGUACUCACGCACAGGGAAAUGGAAGAGAAACAAAGCUGUUUUUUUUUUCCGUAUAUGUUUGUUUGUUUUGCCUCUGUCCUGAUCCCUGCUAUUCAAUAAAGACAGAACCAAAACAUA